AUGGACUCAGUUGUGACAAUUGCGGCGAACUGGAGGGGCUGGCGUGUGACAGGUGGCUGGCACUUUUAUUCCACCUUCACUGACGCCAUUUUGAUUUAUUAUAAUUAUUAAUCAUCGCCUCUCUUCCAGAAUGUCGCCUCAUUUAUAUCUCCUGAAUGGUCGGAACAUUAUCUUGAGGCUGUCCGGGACAGAACCAUUACUCAGCCCCAACAGCUUUUGCAAACCUUGUACAUUGGCGAAUCGUCGGAAGGGUUGUAUGCUUUGAAUGCGUUUGUGGAUCAGCAGACUGAUGUCUAUGCACUCAGAUCGGUAGGACCAUUAUUAGAGGGACCAAAAGAUGAGGUAGGCAGAACUCAUUCAGAAAACGGUCUCCUUUAUUGUGCGCUCCGAGUAGUGUUUUAGAAAGCGAAGGGUAUCCAAAGAUCAGAUAAUUUGGAUGGACCAACUUACCGAACGACUGACGGCGAGUUCUUGAUCCUUGGUCAUCACGAAGUGCCCCCGCUCCUAUUGAAAAACUUGAUCACCACUGACAGCGACCAUAAUCGACUUCCGUGGAUAACUUAUGUAAAAGGAAGGGAAGAAAUUAAAGAAAGAAUCGGCGGAAGUGGAGCUGUGACUCCAAAUUACAGUAAUACGCUGGCUUUGGGACACAAUGAAGAAGAUUUUGAUUGGAGUCAUCUAUUCCAACAAGCUUGGAAGAAGAACCCUUACGUUGUAACAUUGUUCCUGGGUGGAAUUGUGAUGAUAUUGUUAUAUGCGGCGUUUCUUUAUGGCCAACAGGUGAGGUUAUUAUAGUUGGCUUAUUUUGUUUUGCAGAGAAUUACGAACCAGAUUCUAUCGAGCAGAGGCGAGAUCCAUUCUGGUGGAAGUAGCACUAGGAACACUUUAUCUGCGCCUGGAGCUCUGGAUGAGGAAGGAUCGGGAAGCGGGCCUAAAGAAAUAGGGAAGCUCAGCUUUGAUAGUCGAAAAAUACUUGGAAUGGGAUGUGCUGGAACAACAGUUUUCAAGUAACUGAUGACUUUUUGAUAGCAAUAUGCUUUUUCAGAGGCACCUUCGAUGGACGGGAAGUGGCUGUAAAGCGUGUUUUAACAAGUCAAUACAAACUAGUCGAAAGAGAAUUGGAACUUUUAAGGAAGAGCGAUGCCCAUAAGAACGUGAUUCGAUACUUUUGUUCGGUAAGGUUUUUAACACCUUCCCAUUGUGGUUACAGGAACGUGAUGACAACUUCCAUUACAUUGCUCUGGAAUUGUGUGAAUGCACUCUUAGUGAUUACGUCAAACUGAGAGAUCGCCGGCAGAAAUACUCGUCUGAUGUCUUGGAUAUCUUGAAACAAGCUACCGAAGGAGUCGCACAUCUGCACUCGAUUUCCAUCGUCCAUCGGGAUCUGAAGCCUCAGAAUAUUUUAUUAUCGACGUUGAAUAGCAAAGGACAUGUUAGAGUCAAAAUCUCCGACUUUGGGUUGUGCAAGCAGGUCAAGCUGGGCCAUGCCUCCAUCUCCAAGGUCUCCGGAUUAGUGGGAACUGAAGGAUGGAUCGCCCCUGAGGCCAUAAAUCAAAACAAUUCCUCUGUGGUAAGAGAUGUUGGCGGUUUUUUAAAAUCUGAUUCCAGACGUACUCAGUGGAUGUAUUUUCUCUGGGAUGCAUCUUCUACUAUGUUCUUUCUGAAGGAAAACAUCCGUUUGGAGAACGGAAUGAUGUUAGACAUGCCAACAUAUACAGUGGAAAGUUUAAUCUGGAACACCUUGUAGGGAAAGAAGACUAUGUUUCAAUGAAUGCCAUAGAGAAAAUGGUGGAGAUGGAUCCGAAGAAAAGACCGACGUCUCAUGCGGUUUUAUGUCAUCCUGUUUUCUGGUCGAAGGAAAGGCAGCUACGGUUCUUUUCGGUAAGUUAAUUGCGAUCGGAGACGAGGACAUUGUUCCAGGAUGUCAGUGAUCGCAUUGAAAAGGAAGAUGAGACUUCUGAAAUUGUUCGAUGCUUGGAGUUGAAUAGCUAUCAGGUAGUUUCAAGCAAUUGGAGCGCCAAGCUUUCAUUUUCGGUUCAACAGGGUGGGUUUCUCGUUAUUAUAUAGACUUACAUCACUUCUAGAUCUUCGCAAUCAUCGUUCAUAUAAGGGUCAUUCAAUCAAGGACUUGUUAAGAGCUAUCAGAAAUAAGAAAAACCAUUACCAGGAACUUCCAAUUGAAGUAAGACAAGAAUAUGGGUCUAUUCCGGACGAGUAUAUGACAUAUUUCACCACAAGAUUUCCUCAUGUGGGUUCAAAGUACCGACCAAUUUAUUUUUUAGCUCUUAAUUCACGUUUUCAAAGUAAUGGCACUGUGUGCCGACGAAAGCGCCUUCGUUUCGUAUUAUCCAUUAGAAUCCCGUUCCUUUUGUGGCCGCGUUCUUCAAGAACAACUUCUGGAUGAAUUCUGUAUCCAGGGAUCACCCAAACGCACCAUCUUAUCCAAAACGAUGGUACCGCCUUCUGUUUCAACGACCGCAUCGCCUUCUAAUUGGAGGACUCCAGAACCACAAAUGAAACCACAGCCAGGGUUUAAGGCUUUCCCUGCGUCAACUGUAAAUCCAUCUGUGACAUCGACUCCUGAGGGGAAGACACGAAGAAGGAGGAGGAAAAAACCGACGUUAAUGGCCCUGGCGUCGACCUUAGAAGGAGAUUUAGAUGAUGCGGGAGACGCCGAUAUGCUUGAUGAUUGA